AUGCGAUUUAUUAACAGUUCUGUGACUGUUUUACGCGACUUUGCUAUUUGCCAUGACGAUUUCACAUUAAAACCACCUGAUGGAAUUUUGAAGGAGCAUACUUUCACCUGGUUGGGUUUCGUUCAAUACAUCCAUGUUACGACAGGGUUACCACAUCACAGCAAAGCACCGCGUGUCGUCCUUAUUCAGAAGCAAUUUGUGAUAGGAACAGCUACGGACUUGUUGCAUUUGCCAAAAAAUUAUAAACUUGGUAGCGUUAUAUUUGGUGAUUAUGAACGUGACGAAAAAAAUUGUGGCAUUUCAAAACAGCAGACAAAAAUUGGUAUACAGUGCCCCCGAGCGUAUAUUGAAAUGCCGUUACUGGACAUCACUCCUCAUCCAGAAUUCUCCAGAUUCGGCGUAGGAAAUAGUUUAGCACUUGUUAAACUUAUACGACCUAUGAAAUCCUAUUACAUGAUACCAAUUUGUUUACCUUCUAUAACAGAAAGGCAAAGACAAAAGAAAAAUAAAAUUGUUUUCAUGGUUGACUACAUAAGCACCGUACCGAGAGAUUUUGAUUCGGAAAAAAUGGGCAAGAAGACUUUGAAAUUGUACACUCACAAGGACUGCAAAAGACAUCGCAUGAAAACAAGGCUGGGCAGUGAAGGUGUAACGCACGUACUAUGCAGCUCUGGUUGUGGCGUUCGCCCCGGGGCUCCCAUCGUGAGCCAAACAGUCGACGGGGCCUUUGAACUGAUUGGCAUCGCCGCUGGUGGUGGUGUUUGUUCCCGUCGGUCUAUGCGACGUCGCCUCAACAGAGAGCCUCCUUUAUACAUCGACGUAUACCCAUACUCCGCUUGGAUCGUCAACGUUGUCACAGCUCACCAAUUACCACAACCUUAUCCCCAUAACUUCAUGUUGCUCGAAGGAGGUUCUAGUGUAAGCAUCCAAAAAGGAUCAAAUUACUUAAGGAGAAGAAGAGCGCAGAAGUCAGGAUGGCGUGCUCGUACUUUCGUAACAGGUAAUCAUUGCUUCAAGAGUCAGAAGAAACAACGUUCCGCUUCCUUUUUCUAUUCAGAGAAUUUUGAAGUAAAUGCCGAUCCGCCUGCUAAGCUAAAUGUAGUUAUUAAGAUUUCAGCUGGGAUCGAGUGUACCAUCGUAUGCGCUCGGUUGUUGAUGCCAAAUCGAAUGGCAACACCUGUGAUAGAUGGCGUCGGAGGCUAUAAUAUUACUAUUGUAUUCUAUACAGAAUGGUUUCCUUAUAAGUUUUACUUUUCUGUGGGUCUCAGCGGCAAAAACACAACAGAGAGAGACAAAAUGGAUUGGAUUCCAGAACGUAAAGAAGGAUUCUGGUGAUGUUUGUAUAUAAAAAUUACUUGUUUCGCCCGUUCCUGUAUAAAUAAACUAAAUGAAAAAGUAAAAUUUAAUAUCAAUUUCAUUAAGUAUAUCAUAUUUGAUGAUUGAAAUACGUCGUAUUAUUUCGUAUAUGAAAUACUUUUAUCUUUUACAUAUAUGUGGUAUGUAGAUAUGUAAAUGUGCUUCAAAGAA